UGUGUUCAUUCCAUAUUUGUAUCAACUUGAGAGAAUCUUCCAUCCUUUCCCCCCUGGUUGACAUAUGGUCUCUUACGUUUGUUCUCACAGUCUCCAACUGCUGUACACUGGACAUGCCAUAUGGUCCAGACUUGGAUGGCACUUCUGAAAAAGCUGCCAAGGUGGCAUCAGUCAGGGUUCAGCUGGAGAUGCACUCCUUAUGGGAACAGUUUGAUCGCCUUGGGACCGAGAUGAUUGUCACAAAGGCUGGAAGGAGAAUGUUUCCCACGUUCCAGGUUGGCAUCUCAGGCAUGGACCCUGAGUCAGAGUAUGUUCUGCUGAUGGAUUUCAUCCCUGUGGAUGACAAGAGAUACAGGUAUGCUUUCCACAGCUCCUCCUGGUUGGUGGCAGGUCGUGGUGAUGCUUCACCCCCUGGUAGGGUUCACUUCCACCCUGACUCACCCGCAAGAGGAGCCCAGUGGAUGAAGCAGACAGUCUCCUUUGAUUGGCUCAAACUUACCAACAACCCACUGGAUGACAAUGGACAUAUCAUCUUGAACUCCAUGCAUUGCUACCAGCCACGUCUGCACGUGGUGCUGGUGGACCCGCGGCGCAACAGUCACAGCUAUGCCCAGCGCAACUUUUGCACCUUCUCCUUCCCAGAAACACGCUUCAUCGCGGUCACUGCCUACCAGAACCACAGGAUUACCCAGCUAAAGAUUGCCAGUAACCCUUUUGCUAAAGGCUUCCGGACAGCAGACCCAGAUGAUUGGUAAGGCCACUAAUUAAUAUUGCAGUGUCACAGUUAUAUAAUAUUUAAUAUAUUAUGUAAUAUUUUUAUCAUCCU